AGCCAUCUCCGCAACUCAGCACCGUCUGGUUCAAGCAGCGAUGUUGAGCACGUGCUCGAAUUCAAAUCCGCUGUGGUUCACACAGAGACUCGGCGAUCGCUUCGGCCUAUCGAGACCCUCCACUGCGGCUCCCUGUGCCGGAGGGCAUGUGUGCUUCUCUACAAACGCCGCCGCUUCUCUGGCCCAGGAACCGCACGCCCAUGAAAAGUUCCUCUCCAAAGACGUCGAGCUCUACCAGUACGAAGCUUGUCCUUUCUGCAACAAGGUUAGAGCAUUCUUGGAUUACUAUAACAUUCCGUACAAAGUUGUGGAGGUUAAUCCCAUUAGCAAAAAGGAGAUUAAUUGGUCCGAUUACAAGAAGGUGCCGAUCCUGAAAGUCGACGGCGAACAGAUGGUUGACUCUUCAGAAAUAAUUGAUAAGCUGUACCUAAGGAUCAAUAACGAGAACCCGGUCUUAAAUGGUGAAGAAGAAAUGAAGUGGCGCGGGUGGGUGGAUAAUCACUUGGUGCAUGUUUUAUCACCAAACAUAUAUAGAACUGUUUCAGAGGCUCUCGAGUCGUUUGACUACAUCACCAGUCAUGGAAACUUUAGUUUGUACGAAAGGAUGGUAGCGAAGUAUACCGGAGCUGCUGCUAUGUAUUUUGUGUCAAAGAAACUGAAGAAGAGACACAAUAUUACUGAUGAACGUGCAUCCUUGUAUGGAGCUGCAGAAACAUGGGUUGAUGCUCUCAAUGGCAGACAAUUUCUUGGUGGAUCAAAUCCUAAUUUAGCCGAUCUCGCUGUAUUUGGUGUUUUGAGGCCCAUUCGACACCUUAAAUCCGGCAAAGAUAUGGUGGAGAACACGCGGAUUGGUGAAUGGUAUGCUCGAAUGGAAAGUGCAGUGGGAGAGUCUGCUAGAGUCAAGGCCUAAAGGCGGAAAAGAUUUGCUGGUUCAGAUAUCACUAAUAAAUGAUACAUCGUUUGAAGUUUACCUAGUAUGUUACUAAUAAUAUGCAUCAUCAAAGAUUGAGACUUUGCAAGAAGGGUUUUUUUGUUUGUUUUUAGAAGGUGUUAUGGUUUGGAUCAUUUGGGUGGGACUAUGUAGAAGUCAUUGUACUAGGCCAAAUAUUUGGACCAAGAACAAGUUUGUCAAGUUUUUCAUGAAAAGAUGUAUCUACAUCGUUAUUUACUUUUCAA